AGUUUAAAGUAAAGUGAGGGACGCGGCAGGCACCCAGUACUGAAUUUCCAUGCUGAAAACAACUGGAGGAUUGAUUUUUAACUGUGUAUAAAUAAAACAGACUGCUUACGAAAUGUAAAAUGCCUCCUGUUGAUGAUGGAAGCAAUUCAGUCUGAACUACUGCAACAGGCAGCAACCAGAGUAACGUUACGACAGUAACAAUAACUUCAAGUGCGGAUUAUUGUUCCGAGUUGGUGCGGAUUCACUCGUAUGUUUACCAGGUUCAGGGGACAUUCACUUCAGUCAUGUAUGAAGGAAUGAUGUGGAAACUUUGCCCAUUCACACGUCAUCCAGCUCUUCUAUCUUGCAUAGUCUUGGAAAUAUUUAUUUACAAUGUCAAAGGUCUUAAUGUGUGUAUGAGCGGUAGUGCCACAUCUUGUGAGGAAUGUCUUCUCAUUCACCCGAGCUGCGCCUGGUGCGCGCAAGAGGACUUUGGACAAGCGAGAACACUCACCUCACGAUGUGACUUUAGCCAGAAUUUACUCAAAAGAGGGUGUGAUGCACCUUUCAUAGAGAAUCCGAAGAGUAGCAAAACUCUCCUGAAGAGCAAACCCCUAAGUUCCAAGCAGUCCGGGUCGACCCAGUAUGAUGUCGUCCAGAUAUAUCCACAGAAGAUCUCUCUCAGCUUAAGGCCUGGUGACCAGACCUCAUUUGAGGUACAAGUGCGUCCUGUGGAGGACUACCCUGUUGAUUUGUACUAUUUGAUGGACCUCUCGCUCUCCAUGAAGGAUGAUCUCGACACAAUUCGCAACCUGGGCACCAAACUGGCGGAAGAAAUGAGGAAACUCACAAGUAACUUCCGUCUUGGGUUCGGCUCUUUUGUGGAUAAGAACAUAUCACCCUUCUCCUACACAGCCCCCAAGUACCAGGACAACCCUUGCAAUGGAUACAAAUUGUUCCCGAACUGUGUCCCCACGUUUGGUUUCCGUCACCUCUUGUCUCUUACGGACAAAGUGGAUCGUUUCAAUGAAGAAGUGCAAAAGCAGAUGGUUUCACGAAACAGGGACGCGCCGGAGGGGGGUUUUGAUGCCAUUCUGCAGGCUGCUGUGUGUAAGGAGAAGAUUGGCUGGAGGAAGGAGGCAAAUCAUCUUCUGGUGUUUGCCACUGAUGAUGUCCCACACUUGGCUUUGGACGGAAAGCUCGGUGGACUCGUGCAUCCUCAUGAUGGACAUUGUCACCUGAAUGACAAGAACGAGUACAGCGCUUCAAACAUAAUGGACUACCCGUCUCUAGCUCUACUGGGAGAAAAACUGGCAGAAAAUAACAUUUUCCUCAUCUUUGCAGUGACCAAAAGACACUAUGUUCUUUACAAGAACCUAACUGCUUUGAUCCCUGGGACGACAGUGGAAAUUUUGGACCAAGACUCUAAAAAUAUUAUUCAGCUAAUUGUCAAUGCAUACAAUAACAUCAGGUCAAAAGUAGAGCUGAGCGUUUGGGAUCAUCCUGAAGAUCUUAAUCUGGCCUUCACUGCCACCUGCCAAGACGGGCGUCCCCUACCUGGCCUCCGCAAGUGUGCUGACCUCAAGAUUGGUGACACUGUCUCCUUCAACGUCACUGUCGAUGCCCGAGGAUGCCCCCCAAAAGGUACCCGGAAGAGUUUCAUCAUCAGGCCAGUUGGCUUCAAAGACCGUCUGGAGGUCUCUGUGGAUUACCAUUGCGACUGCAGCUGCACGCAUUACACAACGGUCAACAGUAGCCUCUGCAGCUCCGCCGGCACCUACAGCUGCGGGAUGUGCCGCUGCGAGCCCGGCUACCUCGGAGCACACUGCGAAUGUGAGGAGGGCAAGGUCGACCACCAGCACCUCAGCGCCUGCCGUGAAGCCGAGGGCAAGCAGGUGUGCAGCGGCCGGGGAGAGUGCAGCUGUAAGCAGUGCCUGUGCUACGAGUCAGAGUUUGGCAAAAUCUACGGAGCCUUCUGCGAAUGUGAUGACUUCUCCUGUGCCCGGCACAGGGGUAUACUGUGCUCAGGUCAUGGAGAAUGCCAUUGCGGUGAGUGUAAAUGCCACGCUGGUUACAUUGGAGACAACUGUAACUGUUCCACAGAAUCGACUUCCUGCGUGUCUGACGAUGGAAAGAUGUGCAGUGGGCGGGGCAACUGCGUAUGUGGGCGGUGCCAGUGCAGUGAGCCAGGGGCAUUUGGGGACACAUGCGAGAAAUGUCCAACUUGUCCAGAUGCCUGUGCAACAAAGAGGGAAUGUAUCGAGUGCCGUCUUUUUAACACGGGAAGACUCGCCGAUAACCAGACCUGUCAGCGCAUGUGCAAGGAUGAGAUCGUCAUAGUGGAAACACUCCAACAGGAUGAUCCAAAUACUGUUCAAUGUGUAUAUAAGACUGAGAAUGACUGCGUCAUGAAGUUUACAUACUCUGAACAUCCCAGUGGCCUGUCAAUCUUAACCGCUCUUAAAGAGCCAGAGUGUGCUGUUGCCCCGAAUGCCAUGACAGUGCUCUUGGCAGUUGUUGGCAGCAUCCUGUUGAUGGGGAUCGUGCUGUUAGCCAUCUGGAAGCUGGUCAUCACCAUCCACGACCGCCGCGAGUUUGCACGUUUCCAAAGUGCACGUUCACGAGCACGAUAUGAGAUGGCAUCUAAUCCUGUUUAUAAGCAGUCUAUCCCAUCUUACCCAAUGGAGACAGUUUUCCAGAUGCAUACCAAGUCAUGCAAUGGAGGAGUCCACUAAUCGACCUGCAGCUGGAAUGGGGGACAUGGCAGGACCUGUCCAGACUACUGCAUUACAGACUGUUUUGGUUUUCGGCAUUUUUUUUUUCUGCAUUGCAAACCUUUUUGUGGGUGUUUCCUACAGAUUGGAACUGAUCAUUAUGUGGAAAGAGUUGCUUACCGAGUAGCAGUAGAGCACAGGACUGGCACAAGAAUAACUUUAAUGGAGUGGAAGAGGUUAUCCGCCUUUUUUCGGAAACAACCAUGUGGCAUUGAAGAAAUGGCUUGCUUGAAUUUCAAUCCUGAUUUCCCAUAGCUCUAACAGUACCACCUCCAUAUUAUGAUAAAUUCACUGUGCAUUGUGUUGAAUAGGCAAAGAAGAUAUGUUUAAGUGUAUAUUUUUUAACAGUUUGCCAACUCCCACACAUUUGAAAUGAAUUCAUCUUAUUUGCAACAUGUCAUAAAGUGUGUACAAACUCAAAAAAGUGCAAACUUAUGCAUCAACUCUUUGAUAAACAGAUGGGUAUUAACUAACCAGAGCAAUAAUUUUUCUAACUCCUGUUUUGCACAUUUUGUAUUUGAUUAAGGUUUAUAAAGGAUGUAAUGCCACUCAAGAAUACCCGUCAUUUGUGUAUGCAUUCUUUGCCACACUUUUGAUUUUUAACUGUAUAGUGUAUAACAUUGGCUGCUGAUGCUUUUUUUAGUGCCUUAGAAAGAAAUCUGGUUUCUUUCUGGAAUAGUUACAUUUAGGGCAUCUUGAGUGUUUUAAAUUGAUGUUCUGCACCAUCAGAACCUGAACGAAGUAAAAAAAACUAGCCACUAACCACCUGUAAAGAGUGAUUUCUCAAACACAAAACACAUUAUUUAACCUUUUAAGGUCUUCGAGCACAAAUCUUUUUGAUGCUAAACAAACACAGCAGGGAAUGCCAUAGCCGUCCUUUAUGGGAAAACCUGACUUCAUACUGAAACUAGCCAUCUGAAGCCCUUGAUCUAUGACGGCUGUGCACCUGGAGUGUCUUAACAGGUUCAUGUGUGCUUUACUGUUGGUCCUGUUCUCCAGUGACUAACAAAAACGUGAUCAAAUAUGCAGUGGGCACCAUGUUAAGUGAUUCAACAGAGGUGCAAGUGUGUGGUGCACAAGAGCCGUUUACCUGCAGUGAGGAAGAAGAACAGUCUCAAAGCCAGGAGUGUAAAUCAAACUGUGUGUCCUAGGGUGUAUGUAUGGUUAUACAGUCGUGGCCAAAAGUUUUGAGAAUGACACAAAUAUUAAUUUUCACAAAGUCUGCUGCCUCAGUUUUUAUGAUGGCGAAUUGCAUAUACUCCAGAAUGUUAUGAAGAGUGAUCGGAUGAAUUGAAUUUUAUUGUGAAGUACCUCUUUGCCAUGAAAAUGAACUUAGUCCAAAAAAACAUGUACAUUCCAUUUCAACCCUGCCACAAAAAGACCAGCUGACAUCAUGUCAGUGAUUCUCUGGUUAACACAGGCGAGAGUGUUGAUGAGGUCAAGGCUGGAGAUCACAUGUUGAUUGAAUUAGAAUAACAGACUGGAAGCUUUAAAAUGAGGGUGGUGCUGGAAAUCAUUGUUCUUCCUCUGUUAACCAUGGUUACCUGCAAGGAAACACGUGCAGUCAUCAUUGCGGUACACAAAAAGGAUUCACAGGCAAGGCUAUUGCUGCUAGUAAGAGUGCACCUACAUCAACCAUUUAUGGGAUCAUCAGAAACUUCAAGGAGAGGUUCAAUUGUUGUGAAAAAGGCUUCAGGGCACCCAAGAAAGUCCAGCAAGCGCCAGGAUCGUCUUCUACAGUUGAUUCAGCUGCGAGAUCAGGGCACCACCAGUGCAGAGCUUGCUCAGGAAUGGCAGCAGGCAGGUGUGAGUGCAUCUGCACGCACAGUGAGGCCAAGACUUUUUGAGGAUGGCCUGGUGUCAAGAAGGGCAGCAAAGAAGCCACUUCUCUCUAGGAAAAACAUCAGGGACAGACUGAUAUUCUGCGAAAGGUACAGGGAUUGGACUGCUGAGGACUGGGGUAAAGUCAUUUUCUCUGAUGAAUCCCCUUUAUGAUUGUUUGGGGCAUCUGGAAAAAAGAUUGUCCGGAGAAGAAAAGGUGAGCGCUACAAUCAGUCGUGUCAUGCCAACAGUAAAGCAUCCUGAGACCAUUCAUGUGUGGGGUUGCUUCUCAGCCAAGGGAGUGGGCUCACUCACAAUUUUGCCUAAGAACACAGCCAUGAACAAAGAAUGGUACAAAAGCAUCCUCCGAGAGCAACUUCUCCCAACCAUCCAAGAACAGUUUGGUGAUGAACAAUGCCUUUUCCAGCAUGAUGGAGCACCUUGCCAUAAGGCAAAAGUAAUAACUAAGUGGCUCCUGGACCAAAACAUCAACAUUUUGGGUCCAUGGCCAAGAAACUCCCCAGACCUUAUUCCCAUUUGUGGUCAAUCCACAAGAAACCUACAAAUUCUGGCAAACUCGAGCAUUGAUUAUGCAAGAAUGGACUGCCAUCAGUGAGGAUGUGGCCCAGAAGUUGAUUGACAGCAUGCCCGGGCGAAUUGCAGAGGUCUUGAAAAAGAAGGGUCAACACUGCAAAUAUUGAGUCUUUUCGUAAACUUGAUGUAAUUGUCAAUAAAAGCCUUUCACACUUAUGAAAUGCUUGUAAUUAUACUUCAGUAUACCAUAGUAACAUCUGACAAAAACAUAUAAAAAUCACUGAAGCAGUAGACUUGAUGAAAAUUAAUAUUUGUGUCAUUCUCACGACUGUACUUACAACCAGUGUUUGCUGAGAAGGAAGUGCAGUACAGUGCUGUUUUUAAAGUCGCAAAAUAAACCAAUUCAAGUAUUGGAUGUUGCCAAGAUACUGAGCAGGGUAAAAUGUCAAAUCUAUUAAAGACAAACAAUAUGUGACCUGGGCCCAUAUUAAAGCUUCUUCGAAUCAUCUCAGAAAGCUCUUGAUUUAGCUUAAAAACUUCUACGUAGGAGUCUUGGCUUAAAAGCGAUUCAGGAUCAAUCUGAGAGUAACUUUGAGCAAGGAAAAGGCAAAAACUUUAUCUUAGUGAGGAGGCGGGGCUGACCUGGUUGCUAUGUAUGACACAUUCUUUUGAAGACUGAUGGGUUGGUUGCCCAAGAAGAAAAGAAAAAAAAAGUUUUGUUCGAAGUAUAAGUUGUGUUUCAAAUUGCAGGUGUAAUUUUUCCUGUUUUACCACACAGUGUGUGUGUGUAUUUAUGAACAGUAUAUGUAUAUUCUUUAUUUUUAUUUACCAUGCUGUUAAUGUCAUACUAAACGUAUUUGAAAGGAAAUGAACAGCAACACAAUAAUGUUCUGAAAAUGCUGUAAUUCUUCGUUUGUUCACUUUACUUACAGAAGAUUGGGACAGAACCAAAUCAUCUCUGCUGCAUAACGUUAGUUUGCAUUUUGUCCAGUUGCCGAAUAUGUUAAUGUAGUGAUUACUUCUAUAUCUGGCGCUAUGGCAUUUCUUCGCUAUGUCGAGAUGUUAGUGUGUCUCUAAUAAGAUCGGUCACAAACACGAUCAGUGCACAAUCUAAUGUGUUUUGUCCAUUUCCUCUGCUGCUAAAGAAACUCUUAAGCCUCUUAGAAGUCCUCCUCCUACUCCUAACAAUUUUGGACCUUGAGAGCUCUUUUAAGGGUUAAGAUGUGAAUUAUGAAUUACUUUUUUCUUUACUACUUUUCUGUAAUUUUAAGGGGAAACGCACACAUUUCUAAGAAUUUCCUUAGAAUUUUGUCACUAUAGGAGCAACUCCUUGCAAAAAACUAAUGUAAUUUUUGUUCUGUUUUACUGUUGAACCACAAAUGACUGUUGCUAAGAUAUCUUUAAAGGGAUGCUUUGCUAUGUCUAGUGGUUCUACUGUCAAUAAAGACAUAAAACUGGUCUUAAAGGGAGUUUACCAAAAAAUAAGCUUUAGUCAUUAUUUAUUCACUCUCAUUCAUUGUAAGACCUUUUUUCUGUGAUUCACCAACAAAUAUAAUUUGGGAAUCGUCUCUGGUUUUGACCAUACGGGAGCCAAUGUUGUCCAGUUACCAACUUUCUUCAAAAUGUCUUUAGGGUUCUACAGAAGAAAGAAAUUAAUACAGGCUUGGAAUGGCCUGAGGGUGAAUUUAAAAGGCUUAAAACGCAUUAUAAGCUUAUUACAUAUGUACAUAAUGACUUUUUCCUUUCUGUCCCUGUAUACAGACAGUUACAGUUAUUUUUAUCUAAAAUAUAAAAGCCUACACAGAGCAUUACAGUAGAAUAAAAACCACUGCGCCACACUGUCGCCAUUUCUAUGAUCUCAGGUCACACAAAUUUUGAGUUUGGUUUACAUAAAACACAAAAGCAAUAUGGAGCGCCACUGGUUGUCUGUUUAGAACUCAACCCUGUGGUUUGCUCAUGAAUCAAAUUUGUUUCCAGAGUUCAAUAAACUGAAAUACUCUUUUCCUCUGGAGCCAGUAUCAGUCGGCAGAAUAUUCAGAAAGAGGUGAAGUCAUAUACACAGGGGAGAGGGCAACAUUCUUCACACAAACACAGAAAGUAGGUUUGCGUGUUAGUUGUUCGCUGGCAGGGCUGUAAUGUUUAGCAGCUGAACAGAAUAACACAGUAUUCAUUAGUUUCAGACUGUAAGCUCUGGAUAUAGCUAUGCAAAAAUAUUUAAAGUAAAAUGUUCAUUACAUGUACGUGUUAAAGAAAAAGUCUUUCAUCAUCUAGUCACCCUUAUGUUGUUGCAGACAUGUAUUUGAUUGAAUGGCUAUACUUUUUCAGAGCACAGCAUGAGAUAAGGUAAGCUAGAAUGAUAUGAGCACUGGCAGGUUCAGUAAUUAUUCACUUUCAUUUUAGGAAAAAAGACACAACGAAACUCUAAAUGGUCUGUCAGUAACUAUAUUUUCCCAGCUGUGUAACAUAAAAGUCAUGUGGGUUUAUAAAAAACAAAGGCAGUAACAACAACAUUUCUUUUGUUUUUGGAUUGAUAAAAAAACUCUGUGAUCACAUAAAAUAUGUUUUUUAUCUAUGAGUUAAAAAUUUAAAUUUGAACUUUACUGGAUGGCAGAGUAUACCCUCUAUAAAAUCUGCCCAGACUUUUUUCUGGUGUAGUCAUUUAGAGUUUGUGUUCUUGCAGUUGCGCAUAUCAGUAGAAAUAAUUCAUGGUCAAUUUGAUUUGUUUCCAAUAUCUUUGAUAUU